UGGGGGCGGAGAGCAGAAGGAGCUCUGGCUUUUGGGACUACAGUGGAAAGUAGGAUUGUGAGUUUUGUCUGUGUGAACACAUGAGGAAAACAGGCAGGGACAGAGGGAAAAGAGAUGGGAGGACAAAAGAGACAAGAUAAGGUUUGAAGGUAGGAUGUGGAGCAACAAAAGAUUUGCUUUGUCUCAGCUGACCUGGACGCAAACAGGAAGAGGGAACAGAUAAAAGUAGAGGUGCACACAGGGGACUCGUCUGAACAAGAGGCAGAGAAAAAGAAGACAUCUAACUGAGGGGGCGGGCUUUCGCUCACCCAAGGUAGGACAGAGUGAAACCAGACAGACAGGAAGAGUGUGGGGAGGAGGGAGGUAAAAGAAAAAGCAGAGGGGCAAAACAUUAACAGUCUAGAAAGAGAGAAAGAGGGAGAGGGUGUGAGAAAGGUUCAUCCGGGUAGAACGAGCCGUGGAGGAGGGAGGAAAUCUGAAAACAGGGAGGGUGACGGAAGUAGAUAACGGGUGAGUGUUGAGCAAGGUGAAGUGGGACAGACAGACAGACAGACAGACAGAGGCAGAGAGAGACAGAAGGUGAGGGGGCUAGCGGGUGAAGUUAGCAGGAGGGGAGAGGUAUGAGGGGACAGCUCUUGAAGUCACUCUUCUCUCUGUUGAUCACUUUCUUCUGUUUGGGGACCAUGCUGACCAGUGUCCUCUGGUACAUGUUCGACGACAACAAUGUAGAACCUCACCAACCGUCUUAUAAGAAAAGCAUUCCUGUGCCCACUAACCUCUGUAAAGGCUGUAGGGAGGUCAUCGUCAAAGUGCAAAAGCGUUACUCUAAAACCUGGAAGAAGCAGGAGGACAAUUACCAAAAAUUCAGAUCUCAGCUGAACAGCAAGUGCCAUGGUUUUGACAAGGCCAUCAUUUCCCAGGCCAACACUCCAGUGGGAUCAAAGCUUGUGUACGACGGGGAAAAGAAGAGGACCCUCCAGGUGACCCCGGAGCUUUUCAGCACCUUUGCAAAGGAGCGUCCUUUCCCAAAUAAAACAUGGGACACGUGCGCUGUUGUUGGGAACGGAGGGAUACUGACCAACAGCAGUUGUGGAAAUACGAUUGAUUCAGCUCAGUUUGUGAUCAGGUGCAACCUACCUCCUUUGAAGAACGGCUUUGAGAAACAUGUAGGCAUCAAGACCGACCUUGUGACAGCAAACCCAAGCAUCCUUCUAGCGAAGUAUGGGGCUCUAAUGGGGCGUCGCCAUCCGUUUGUGGAGAGUCUGCGUAGCUAUGGCAACUCCUUGCUGCUCCUUCCCGCCUUCUCCUAUGGCCAGAACACUCCCGUGUGCCUGCGGGCCUUCUACACCAUGGAGGACUUUGAAAGCCCCAUCCGGACCAUCUUCUUGAACCCUGAGUACCUCCAGAGACUGGAUCUCUUCUGGCACUCCCAAGGCCUCCGACCAGUGCGGCUCAGCACCGGCUUAAUAAUGGUUAGCCUGGCCCUGGAACUCUGUGCCAACGUGCAUCUGUACGGGUUCUGGCCCUUCAGUAAUCACCCAUAUGAAUUCCAUGUCCUGACUAACCACUACUACGAUAACAGACCAAGUCAUGCGAAUUUCCACGCCAUGCCAGCUGAGUUUGACCUGUUGUUGCAGCUGCACACUCAGGGGGUGCUAAAGCUUCACCUGGGAAAAUGUCAAUCAGGUACAUAGUAAGUUCCCAGACUCAGAGGCAGCUGACAGGACAGGAACAAAGUGCCUUAUUUGUAGCCUCAGGAAGAAGCUAGUCACACAUAAAGUCUUUCAUAUACUUUUGAAUGAAUGGAAUCUAGUGACUGCUGAGUUCAGCGGCCUAGACAUUUGCACUAAAAUCAAAAUGCAAUGAUCACAGGACUUUCUGUAAACUGUCGUGUAGUGUACCUAAAAAUUGAGCAUAGCGUUAGUUCAGGCAGGGCACGAAGUCGGGCUUAGCUUUCAGUUACAGCUAUAUCAUACGAUCACAGCUAGUCAUAAACAUACAUCAGCUGAUUCCUCUAAGCUUCCCAUUGGAUACCAUGCACAGUCAGCUGACAGCUCACCUGAUUUCCUCAAGCAUCCAAUUGGCUAACAUCUACAUGGCGCCUUAUUUAAGCUGCUUUAGCCUGCCUGCCUAUCUCUGCUGCUCCUCUACAAGCCUUUUUGCACCCACCUCCACCCCAGCUCCUCCUUUUUUAUAUUUCUAAUUAAUCAAUGUCAUUUCUGAUUGCUAUUGAUGCUUGCUCUGUUCUGUACCCUGGGGGGUCUCUGCUGCCGCUCUCCUUGUCUUAAACUUUUCCAUGUAUGCACAUGGAAGGGCAGGGAGGUGUGCUCUCCCUGCCUUAAGGUUUUCCACGUAGGCACGCGGAAGGACAAGGAGGUCCCAGAACAGAGCCAUACCGCCAAAUGUAAUUCUGCUUGGAAUAUAAGAUAUUUUGACGAAAGUGGUCCUGACUGAACUGUAUUUAUUAUCACAAAUGUUCCAGCUGGAAUCUGGAGGAAGAUAUUUUGAUUUAAAUUAGUGCUGUCAAACGAUUAAAAUAUUUAAUCGCCAUUAAUCGCAUUAAUGUCAUAGUUAACUCGCAAUUAAUCGCACAUUUUUAUCUAUUCUAAAUGUCCCUUGAUUUCUUUUUGUCCCAUUAUUUUUUCUCAUUUUAAUGCUCUUAUCAACAUGGAAAAGUGGAUUGGCUUGCUUUGUGCAAAUGUUGUUUUUAUUGAAAACAACAUUGGCAUAUACUGUAGUGUGGUCUACAUUGUAGUCCCUUAUGUGAAUCAAUAACUAAUGACAUGUAACUGACCAUGGGAUCUUUUUGCAACAAAUACCAAAAGAAA